CUUUCCUUUAAAAAGGAGCAAUCCUUAUGAGGUCAUCCUGAAGCUGUGCAGGAUGCUGCUUUUGCUGGUCUGCAGGUCCAGCACUUGGCUGUGACUCAGUGAAAGUUAUAACAGCUUGAAUUCUAAAAUCUCGUGGGCUCGAACGGCUGGGUUGAUGAAUACAGCUUCCGUGCUGCAGGACUCAUUGGCCCUGUAGUGGUCAGCAAACAGGAGGCCUGAGGACAAACGUGGGACAAUGUCAGAGGUGCGACACGACAGCACGAGCAGUUUACAGCGGAAGAAGCCACCAUGGUUAAAACUGGACAUCCCGGUGCCGGCACCCAUGUCUGUGCCAGAAGAGCCCCAGCCUGUGCAGCCAACAAGACGUCAGGCCUUUCUGCGAAGUGUGAGCAUGCCUGCUGACAACAGCCACGUGCCCUCCCUGCCCAAUGAAGUGAGGAGACCGGUGCUACAACGACAGACCUCAAUCACCCAGACCAUCAAGAGCAGACAAGUACGAUUUCAAAGGAGUCAGACCCUGCCCGCUCCUGGGCACCAGGUGGGCAGGAGUUCCCUGAGAAAGCGGCAGUCCCUGCCCCGAUCGUUUUUCAGAGGCACAGCGGACUGGUUCGGGGUGAGCAAAGAUAGUGACGCUACUCAGAAAUGGCAGAGAAAGAGCCUCCGCCACUGCAGCCUGCGGUAUGGGAAGCUGAAACCUCAGGUCAUCCGGGAAAUGGACUUGCCCAGUCAGGACAAUAUUUCUCUAACAAGCACAGAGACUCCUCCUCCGCUCUACGUCGGGCCCUGCCAGCUGGGAAUGCAAAAGAUCGUAGACCCCUUGGCCCGCGGCCGAGCUUUCCGUAUGGCUGAUGACAACGAUGGCUGCAGCAUGCCCCACACCCCGAUCACACCAGGCGCCACAUCACUCUGCUCCUUCACCAGCUCGCGCUCAGGGUUCAAUCGCCUCCCAAGACGGCGGAAACGGGAGUCUGUUGCCAAAAUGAGUUUCCGAGCAGCUGCUGCUCUGGUGAAGGGGCGCUCUGUGAAGGACAGCACCCUGAGGAGAGCUCAGCGGCGCAGUUUCACCCCAGCGAGUUUCCUGGAGGAGGACACGGUGGAUUUUCCAGAUGAGCUUGACACCUCUUUCUUCGCUCGGGAAGGAGUCCUUCAUGAAGAGCUCUCCACUUAUCCGGAUGAAGUGUUUGAGUCGCCAUCAGAAGCUGCAAUCAAAGAUGCUGAGGUGAAACCUCUGGAUCAGACAGAUCUCACAGGAGGUGCCUUGGACAAAAAUGAGCUCGAAAGAAGCCACUUGUUACUCCCACUGGAGCGAGGCUGGAGGAAGCAAAAGGACGGAGCCCUGGCACAGCCCAAGGUCCGCUUGCGGCAGGAGGUGGUGAGUGUCAGCCCACAGAAGCGUGGCCAGCGCAUCGCUGUCCCUGUCAGGAGGCUUUUCGCCAAGGAGAAGAGGCCGUAUGGCCUGGGAAUGGUGGGGAAGCUGACAAACCGGACAUACCGCAAGCGCAUCGACAGCUAUGUCAAGCGGCAGAUUGAGGACAUGGAUGAUCACAGGCCUUUCUUCACUUACUGGGUCACCUUUGUGCAUUCACUCAUCACUAUCCUCGCUGUGUGCAUCUACGGCAUUGCCCCUGUGGGGUUCUCACAACACGAAACUGUUGAUUCAGUCUUGCGAAACAGAGGGGUUUAUGAAAACGUCAAAUAUGUUCAGCAGGAAAACUUCUGGAUUGGCCCCAGCUCAGAAGCCCUGAUCCACCUGGGAGCCAAGUUCUCACCAUGCAUGAGGCAGGACCAGCAAGUGCACAGCUUCAUCAGCGCCAAGCGGGAGAAGGAGAAGCACUCUGCUUGCUGCGUACGGAACGACAAGUCAGGCUGUGUGCAGACCUCGGAGGAGGAGUGCUCGUCCACGCUGGCCGUGUGGGUGAAGUGGCCCCAGCACCCCAGCACCCCAAUGCUGGCAGGAACCAAGAGGCAGUUUGGGUCUGUCUGUCAUCAGGACCCCAGGGUGUGUGAGCAGCCGGCUUCAACGGAGCCACAUGAGUGGCCGGAUGAUAUCACCAAAUGGCCGAUCUGCACAAAAAACAGUGCUGGGAAUUACACCAACCACCUCCACAUGGACUGCGUGAUUACAGGCCGGCCCUGUUGCAUUGGGACCAAAGGAAGGUGCGAGAUAACCUCCCGGGAGUAUUGUGAAUUUAUGCGAGGCUAUUUCCAUGAGGAGGCAACACUCUGCUCUCAGGUGCACUGCAUGGAUGAUGUCUGUGGACUCCUCCCUUUCCUAAAUCCAGAAGUCCCUGACCAGUUCUACCGCCUCUGGCUCUCGCUUUUCCUCCAUGCUGGGAUCCUGCACUGUCUGGUUUCAAUCUGUUUUCAAAUGACGAUCCUGCGGGACCUAGAGAAGCUGGCAGGAUGGCAUCGUAUCUCUAUCAUCUACCUGCUCAGUGGCAUCACUGGGAACCUCGCCAGUGCAAUAUUUCUACCCUACAGAGCAGAGGUUGGCCCUGCGGGAUCCCAGUUUGGGAUUCUGGCCUGUCUCUUUGUGGAGCUCUUCCAGAGCUGGCAAAUCCUGGCACGCCCGUGGAGGGCUUUCUUCAAGCUGCUGGCUGUGGUGCUCUUUCUUUUUGCCUUUGGCCUCCUACCCUGGAUUGAUAAUUUUGCUCACAUUUCAGGAUUUAUCAGUGGUUUCUUCCUCUCCUUUGCCUUUCUGCCCUACAUUAGCUUUGGGAAGUUUGAUUUAUAUAGGAAGCGAUGCCAAAUUAUAGUUUUCCAGCUCAUCUUCAUUGCACUCUUCUCAGGACUUGUGAUUCUGUUCUAUUUCUACCCCAUCAAGUGCGAGUGGUGCGAGUUCCUCACUUGUAUACCAUUCACAGACAAAUUCUGCGAGAAAUACGACCUGGACGCACAGCUCCACUGAAAAGCAAAGACAGGCUUCUCGAGCAGGCACUGGAGAUGGACUGUCUUUGCGUUUGCUGUGCCAGUUCCAUGUGGACAAAGGCUCUAUCUAAUCCAAUGACACUUCUAACCCUGCCCGUGGUUAAUUUAAACUGUCUCCGUAGCACCUGGCAGGCACGUUUUGCCUUAUCUCAGAAGACUCUGAAAACAGAACGUUUGUGCCUUGUUCAAUUGUAUUGAACCUCUUCUGCUGCCAUUAUUUUUAUUACACUAGUUUCAAUACUACAUUUUUAACCAGUUGUUUACUACUGCUAAGGUGGUGAUUAAAUGGUAAAGUAGCGUUUUAGCUACUGUUAAUUGUU